AGGAUGGGGAUAGCGGGGUCGAAGAAGAGGGUCCAGUCCUCCCUCCACGCCUCCCCGUUCGACUCGGCCUGCGACUCCGCCUACGCCCACUGCCUCUCCCUCACCCAGCACGCCUUCCCCGGCGUCUUCCCCUACCAGCUCUCCUCCGCCGCCGCCCACCUCCACCGCUCCCUCUCCUCCUCCUCCCCUCUCGUCUCCCGGUGGGUCCCCUCUCCCCCCCAGUCCCAGGUCGACCGCGCCCUCCGCGCCACCGCCCCCCGCCGGCCCCCUCCCUCAGGCGGCGGCGACGGGCCCCAGCUGCUGGAGGCGGCCGAGUUUAAGGAGUGGGCGGGGGAGCUGUUCGCCGGCGCCGUGGUGGAGAGCGCGGGGAGGGCGGUGCUGACGCGGGUGCCGAUCGGGGUGGCGGGGAGCGGGGUGGGGAUCGCGACGGGGAGCGGGAAGGAGGUCAUCGGGUCGGUGAUCGGGGUCUACGCGCUCGGCGUCGCGACGUCGAUUUAUCUCGGCCUGUCCGGUUAGCGAUUUCUCUCUCAUCUUCUUCUCCUUCUUCUUUUUCUGGUGAAUGUAAUGAACAUUUGGGUAAAUCUGUAUAUGGCAACUCCUUCGAUUGCAAUAUAUUGCCCCGGAAUGAAUCGUUGAUGAAAUUGGUGAUGAAUUUGUGAGUGCUUCUUCUUGAA